AGUUACUAUGGAAACUGCAUCCCCAGACGAUUCCAUAUCUGAACUUCUCCUGAAGUCCUCCUCUGAGAGGAGUGAUCUCUACACUUCCCUCCUCUCCUCCCACUCUUCCACCAACCCAUUCAGCUCCAACGUUCCUCUCUUCUCUUCUGAUCCAUCUCCCGUCGUUCGUCCUGGGAGCGACUCUGGAAUCGGGAUGACCCCUGGAGACCCCUUCGACCUCCAGACACAAAAAAAUGAGCCCUACAACUACAUGGAUAUGAGCAACAACCUCUCUGAUUUUGGCGACCUUGGAAACCAUGGCAAGCAGCCAAUAAAAAGCCAUGGUGAUGAGGACCAUGAUUCUGAUGAUGAUGAAGAUGGGAGCUUGGAUUCAAAGCUAAAGAAGGAGAAGGAGCCAUUUGAUUUGGGACACUACCUAGAGAAGAACCCUGAAACGCUGGAAGUAAAGGGCAGCAUGAACAACACCUUCCCAUAUGUAGAGGACCAAUCGGAUGAUGACCUCGCUGAUUAUUACCCCCAUGGGAGGAUGGGAACAGUGCGGACCGCCAGUCCAGUCAAGAUCACCGUGACGACUGAGGCUUAUAGUCCAUUGACUGAAGAACCAAGAGGCGGAGUGUCCGAAAGAGAGAGUGUGCUUAGCUUGGGAAAGGAGGGUGUUCCCACAGUAACACUAUCCGAACCGGAGGAUGACAGUGCUGCUUCAUCUGUCAAUCAUUCUCCUAACCACUCCCCUACAGGAAGAGAGUCGCCCUCCGACCUGUUCUUCCAGCCAGUUGGGAUAAAGAAUGUGAACUGCAGCGCCCCCUACCAGGACACCAAGCUUCCUACAAAACCCUUUUCCGGUUUUGCAAUGCACGACCGAGACAGCGGAGAGUCUGGAGACUCAGAAAUUGAGCCAGAUUCACCGAGACGUGAGAAGCAUCUGAGUGCACAUGACAGGUUCGGCAACCCCUUUGAGCCCUUCGCCAAUAUGAAGGCAGGUCUGGAGAUAAAUCAGCGCAGCAAGGAAAAUCUUAGCAAUCCAUUUGAGGCUUCACUAAACAAAAAGAGUGAUUUGGUUCAAUCUGGAAAUCCUCCACUUUACAGCCUCCUGCGUGAAGAAAGGGAGGCCGAACUGGACAGCGACCUGCUUGUUGAGUCGGCUUCUGAAGAGAGUCCUAAGAGGGAGCAGAUUCUGAAAUCCACCUUACAACCAACUACACCUCCACCCCCGAGCAACCCCGUCACUACUAAAAAAGAAAAAGAAGAAAGGAAGGAGAAACCCAGCACAGCUCCAUUUGAGAAUGCCAUGGUCAAACCACUACAAGAAGAUAACCUCUUUACCAAACCCAGACCUGAAGUGGUGGGUUCAAGUGCAACAUCUUCUGAACAGCACCCCAUAGAGGAUAAAGAGAAGAACAGCAAAGUGAUUAGCAAUGAUAGGAGUCUGGGCACUAAAGAGGCAGAGCUGCUUCUCUUCUUUAAAACCUUCAACAAAAAGAAAGUGGUGGACCUGCUGCACUGGCGGGAUGUUAAACAGUCGGCGGUGCUAUUCGGCAGCAUGUUGGUGUUGCUUUUCUCUCUGACUCAGUUCAGUGUGGUCAGUGUGAUAGCGUAUGUGGCUCUCGCUGCCCUGUCCACCACCAUCAGCUUUAGGGUGUACAAGUCAGUACUGCAAGCUGUACAGAAAAACGACGACGGACAUCCGUUCAAAACCUAUCUGGAGAUGGAGAUUGCACUUUCCCCUGAGCAGAUCACUAAAUAUGUGGAAAAAGUGCAGCUCUAUGUCAAUUACACACUGAAGGAACUGCGCAGGCUCUUCCUUGUCCAGGACAUCAUCGACUCCAUAAAGUUUGCAGUGUUGAUGUGGCUGCUGACAUACGUUGGUGCUCUCUUUAAUGGCCUGACUUUGCUCAUCCUGGCUGUGGUGUCCAUGUUCACGGCUCCCCUGGUUUACGAGAAAUAUCAGAAACAGAUAGAUCAGUAUCUGGGUCUCAUGAGAAGCCAAGUGAACUCCAUAAUGACCAAGUUAAGAGAGAAGGUACCUGGGGCCAAGAGGAAGGAAGAAUAACAUCGCUUCUUGCAAAAUCACCAAAACCAGAACAUCACAAAAAGGGUUUUAAUCCUGUUUUUAAUUUAACCUCGUCCACUGCUCCUAACUUUAAUCCUGUUGGUCAUUUUAGCUGUUCUAUUACUAAACAACCCUGUAUGACUGAAAACAUUGUUUCAGCUACAUUAACUUCGGUCGUUUAUCUGCCACACCCUGAUCACAUUCAUGUCAUGAUGUAAACUCCCCCCUGCAGUUUUUCAUAUCCCCCAAUUGGGGUAAAUUAAAUUCCCCUGUAGUGCCCCCUGAAGGAUACUUUUGCCAGCUGAGAAAAACUGCAGUCUAGUUCACAUCUCUUAUGAUUCAUGUAAAGCCACUGACCGUUUUUUUACACUGAGCAGUGGUGGAUUCUUAUACAUAUUGGGGACCCUGUUGUGCUUUCUGUAUUCCUCCACAACUUUCCAUCUGGACUUCUUAACCCCCAAUUGACUUAAACCUAGAUGUCUGCAGGUUUACUUUCAAGGGGAAGAUGGCAAGGGCACAAUUAAAAACCAGGAUUAUACCCCAGUGAUAAUUAUUCCAGCACUGAAAAAAACCCUUGACCUGUAGGAAUGUGGUGAUCUUACAUUUUCACAAGAGGGACGAUAAUUUUUGCAUUGGUUAAAACCAGUCCACAAAAGAGUUUUUAAAAAUACCCACGUUUAACAGAAGCUGUUUUAUUGGUCGGUCUGUUUACAGACUUCUUCAAAAGGUUCAAAAAUCAACCGUGUUAUCUUCAGAGAUUGAAAGUAACUGGUACUUGAAACGUACUUUGUCAUUUUCUUGAAGCAUAAGUGCUUUGUCAGUGCACACUCAUGAAAGCAGAAUGAAUCUUUUAAAUUCUUAACCUGUGCCAGUAUAUUUAGUUUAUCUAACAAUAGACUAAGAAGUAAGGCUGUAAGUAUGAACUAAGCUGCCAGAAUAUUACUGAUACCAACCACAAGAUAUCAUUUAAAUCAUAAUCACAAUGAAAGAAAUUUGAAAUCUGUAAGUAGACAUGAAUUAUGCAAUCUACUUUUCUCUAAAUGCUUCAGAUUAAAAUGCAUGAUGUUUAUAAUUUUUUUCUGCUCUUAUUAUACACAGUGCUGUUGAACUAGAAACACACACACACACACACACACCAUGUCUGAUCUGGUCACUAUUUAAACUGCUUACAUUUAUCACAUCACUGAUUAUGCAUAUGUACACUAAACAUUCAUAUGCAUACACUUAAAUAUGAAGUUAAAUUGUGAGUAAAUAUUUUUUUCUGUGUUUUCGAGCACUACAGGAAUCUUAAAAGUGUGUUAACUGUUAUUAGCUUUUGUAAAAGUGGAACGUGUUUAGUGUUGUUGGUUUGAGCUCAGCGCAGAUUCGUUAUCUCUUUGCACUCACAUAUUUAAUUAAUGAACAAAUAUUAAUAAAUGUUCCGUAAUGAAAA